GUGGAGGGCGUUGAGAAGAUUUAUGUUCGCUACCUGACCAUCGUCUCCACCACCAAGUCCAAGACCUACGACAUCCUGGACCACCGCAAGCUGGAGUUUGAUAGUGACUAUGCAGACUUCCAGCUCCAGGUUCAGGGUUUGUUCCAGUCCCUUCAGUCUCUGCUGGACUUCUGGUUCCGUCAGUCUCUCACCACGGAGCGGAUGCUGGAGCUGCUGAGGAAGACCUACCUGAAACACAGAGACCGACCGCCCAUCGGACGCAACCUGCCGCCGGUGGCAGGUAGGGUCCUGUGGUGUCGUCAGCUUUUCAGGAAGAUUGAAGCGCCCAUGUUGAUCCUGAAGAAGAAGCUUGACGUCCUCAAGGGCCCGGAGCUGACUAAAGUGAUCCGGAGCUACAACAAGAUGGCGGUGGUGUUGCUGCAGUACGAGGCGCUGCACCUGCGGGGGUGGAGUCGAGCUGCAGAGAGCACGCCACGCUGUCUGAGCGCCGCCCUGCUGGUCCGACAUGAAAGCAGCGAGGUUUUGGUGAAUCUGGACCCUGUGGUGCUGGAGGUCCUGCAGGAAGCCCGGUGGAUGACCAAACUGGGCGUGACUGUGCCGACAGUCAUCCCAAAGAUGUAACAACCCUGUAAUAAUUCUGUAAUAACCAUUUAACAACCCUUCAAUAACCCUUCAAUAACUCUUUAAUAACCCUGUAAUAACCCUUUAAUAAUCCUUUAAUAAUCCUGUAAUAACCUUUUAAUAACCCUGUAAUAACCCUGUAAUAACCCUUUAAUAUCCCUGUAAUAUCCCUGUAAUGACCCUGUAAUAACCCUGUAAUAACCCUCGCCCUCGAGUUUCCUACUUUCACAUGAUCCAGCAGCAGUGAAGUGGAAACGGCGGCUGAGCGAUUAAUCAGAAAAACAGGAUAAUCGAGAUAAAGCGAUUAUUGUGCCGCAUUCUGUUUCACAACAGAUGUUGAGUCACAUUUCCAAUCACCUGAUGUGGACGUCAGACCACAGCUGUAACAUAAAGACUGAGUGGAACGUUUUCUAUCUGAUCGACACCGCAGACGUUUUGCUUCUUUCAAGGAAACUAUAAAGCUUUGUGAAUAAUUUCUAAAACGAUUUCUUCAGUAACUCUUUCUAACCCUAACCCUAACUUCAGAGGCCUUCCUUGGAAAUAUCUAAUCAUUUACAGAUAAAUACCAGCAAAGUUUUAGGAAAACUGAGGAAAAUACCAGACCUGAAAAAGUGUUAGCGAUUUAUGUUCUGCUUUGAACGAACCCUACGUCCUCGUGGACGAGGACUACCUUCUUUUUGGAGCAACAGAUGCUCAGGGAAACUUCCCCUGGGGACGAGUCCGCUGAAGUGCGUAUCUUCUAAAAGUUGCUUUUCUUCUGCACAACUGAGCCAUUUCCUCUACAAACCGCAGCGAUUUAGAGACGUCUCGAGCUGAACUUCAGACUUAUGACUUUUCAGCCUCUGGUGUGGAGCUUCUCCUGAAGUUGAAAGCGUUUUCAGGACCUGCAGGCAGCUCGUAGAGGUACGGCUGUGAACUGUGAUUGGUUUGUAAUGAUUAAAUUUCCCCUGACAAGCAAA